AGCAAGUUGAAUGCAACGACGAGUACGACUGCAACCACUUUCCUUGAUGCGGGUGCAGACGAAGACGGGAUUGACGAAGAUGAUGUGGCGCGUGGUGAAGAAGAAGAGGAAAAGAAGAUGACAACAAGUUUGGGUACUUCAGAAGUAGCUUCAUCUUGUCCAUCAGAAGCAAUAAGAACAAGUGUACCACUGCCUCCGUCCUCUCCAUCAUCUGCUUGUGUAGAUGCAGAAAUAGAUUUAGACGCAGAUCAGACAAAAAGAAAUACUGGUUUUAGUGGUUGUAGCACUAGUAGUGAGUUGGUGAAGCUGAAGCUCAAGGACAAGAUCAACAAAAGUAAUAAAAGCGCAUUUGGCAUCUUCUUGUCGAACGCCUUCACCUACUCAAAUCCGGACACCGGGGAGGUGCACUUUGGUCUGUACCCUUUGACUGCCAAGUUGAAUCAUAGUUGCCGAGCCAACGUGGGGUUCAACCACGACCCGGCGACGUGGGUGAUGCGAACGUACGCGGUUCGAGACAUUGAGGUCGGCGAAGAGUUGUUACACUGCUACAGUCGAGAAAUGUGUUUCCAAAGCGCCGCACGAAGACAGCGCUUUUUCCAAAAGAAUUUUCGCUUUCUUUGUGCCUGUGCAGCAUGCAAGCCUACGACUAGAACCCCUGGGACAGCUGCACCUGUGCCUGUCCAGACCGUAGUUUCAGCGUCAACCUCCAGUGUCCAACCCAAGGCGAUGCCUACUUGUAGUUCAUCCACUUGUUCAUCUAGUUUAACCCCGGCGGGUACAAGUACUACAACGCCCAGUUCCAGUUGUAGUUUGACAGGUGGACCAACUACAUCAAUGCCCAGUUGCAGUAGUUCCGCGUUGAAUUUUUGCAGUUCCUUUUUAUCCCCUUUGGCAUUGCCUCGUGUGCCAGAGCAGCUGGAAAUCACGGGACAAUAUCCGCCUGACAAUGGGGUAGCGACAUUAUUAGGUGCGGCAGCCGUGUUGGCCGAUCCGGAAGGCGACAUUUCCACGGCAGCGAGCACGGUGAAUUCAACGACCGCAAACACCCCCUUGCUUUCGCGCAGCGGACGGAGCACCCCUCUGGCACCACCGACGACCCCAAUCAUGAAGUACAGCAACGUUGUUUUUCCUCCUGCAACCUGCUUUUCCUCCGCGAUGAACUACAAUGCCCAUCAUGCUGCUUCUUCUGGUACUAGUCCUGGUUCAGUUGCGGCUGGUGUGGUCCUCCACCAUCAUGCUAGUGCCCCAACAACGACUGGCGCAAGUACGACAUCAACGUCACUAGCAACAGACAGUUUGCUGGCUGUAUCAGCGGAGUCCAACAAGGCUGAGCAAGAACAGCAGCGCGAAAUAGCCAGACUUCUGCGUGAAUCCGACGCUAACCGUGCUGAGUGCAAGCAGAUCGAAACGGAACUGAUCUCUUUACGGGGCUCCAAUGAUGCUUCGUCCUCGAGCAGCAAGAAAAAAGCCAAAGGUGGGGGAUCCUCUUCCUCCUCCUCGAGCAAAAAAGCAAACGAUCCCUCGGCUUUCAUGUUUUGUGUCGAGCGAUACUUGGACGCGCUCCGCAAGGAGGGCUUAGAUCGCCCUGACGAUUUCUUAGACCUUGGAGCGGUUGCUUUCGAAGCCGCCGUUGCGCUUGGCGACACGACAAGAGCGGCAGAGCUGGCACAACGCUGUUGCGACAACGCGGAGAUCAUCUUCGGAGAUACUGCGCCACUCCGUCUUGCGGCAGACGUGAGUGGAAAGCAGGAACAUCCAACGCUGAAGAAAUGGAGAAAAAAACUGCGUACUGUUGCUUUCCAGGCGAAAAUGGCACAAGUCUAGGUGACAAAGUACUUAAGUUACAGUACAACUUAUAUUUAUAGUAGUUGUCGUGAAACUGCAAAUUUGACAUCUUGUAGAGACGAGGAAGGGAUGGGAUUUCCGGUACGAUGAAAAUGUUGAUGAACAAAAUUGACAGACUUUACAUUGACACAACCCUCCAGCAAACUUUUUUUUUUUAGCAUCUCUUACCCUUUAGACUACUGACAACACGGCUUUGAGUCCGUUGCAUUCUCACCGCUUCUAUACCUGUCUUGGCUGGCUCCACUGCUGGGCUUCAUACUGGCAUCUCCUCUUGUUAGCGUGUUUAGGGUUGCAGCAUGUGUGAAAAGACGACUUCAAAUCCUGGUGAGGGUUGGCGUGAAGUUGUUUUUCCUCUACUUGCGACAAGUGAUGUUGGAGUUCUGCUCUCGUUGACAGUUUGCAAGUGUUGAAAAGCAAGGAAAAAUCUAAGAUCAAGGUUGGUGUAUAAAUUUCACAACGAACAACAAGAACAGAUGCGAGUUGGUGCGGUGUUGAACUUGAAGAUGUAUAUGCUGUUGCGU